CCGCAGCGGCUGCGCGCAGGGCAGGGCGCGAGCAGACCUCGGAGCCCCGGCCUCGGACCGCCCCCUCUGCGUCCGGCACGCCCGGCGCCGCCUUCGGUCCAUUUCCCCGGCUCGGCCUCGGCCAGGUCUGAUUCGCAGCGCGGGCAGCCCCUGAGGAUCGCGGCGAGCGCGGGGCGGUAACAAGUGGGCGAGGAUGCCGUACGAGAUCAAGAAGGUGUUCGCCAGCCUCCCGCAAGUGGAGAGGGGCGUCUCCAAAAUCAUCGGCGGCGACCCUAAAGGCAAUAAUUUUCUCUACACCAAUGGAAAGUGCGUUAUUCUACGAAACAUCGAUAACCCAGCCGUCGCCGACAUCUACACGGAGCACGCCCAUCAAGUGGUGGUGGCCAAGUACGCGCCCAGCGGGUUCUACGUCGCCUCCGGAGACGUGUCCGGGAAGCUGCGGAUCUGGGAUACCACACAGAAGGAGCACCUCUUGAAGUACGAGUACCAGCCUUUCGCUGGGAAGAUCAAGGACAUUGCUUGGACGGAAGACAGUAAGAGGAUCGCAGUGGUCGGGGAAGGAAGGGAGAAGUUCGGAGCCGUCUUCCUGUGGGACAGCGGCUCCUCCGUGGGCGAGAUCACGGGGCACAACAAAGUCAUCAACAGCGUGGACAUCAAGCAGAGCAGGCCCUACCGGCUGGCGACAGGCAGCGACGAUAACUGCGCGGCGUUCUUUGAGGGGCCACCGUUCAAGUUCAAGUUUACAAUCGGCGACCACAGCCGCUUCGUCAACUGUGUGCGGUUCUCUCCCGAUGGGAACAGGUUUGCCACGGCCAGCGCGGACGGCCAGAUCUACGUCUACGACGGGAAGACGGGGGAGCAGGUGUGCGCCCUGGGCGGCGGCAAGGCGCACGACGGAGGCAUUUACGCUAUCAGCUGGAGCCCGGAUAGCACCCACUUGCUCUCUGCUUCCGGAGACAAGACCUCGAAGAUCUGGGACGUCAGCACGAACUCGGUCGUCACCACGUUUACCAUGGGCUCCAACGUUCUGGACCAGCAGCUGGGCUGCUUGUGGCAGAAGGACCACCUCCUCAGCGUCUCCCUGUCCGGGUACAUCAACUACCUGGACAGGAACAACCCCAGCAAGCCCUUGCGGGUCAUCAAGGGUCACAGCAAGUCCAUCCAGUGCCUGACGGUGCACAGAAACGGUGGCAAGUCCUACAUCUACUCCGGGAGCCACGACGGACACAUUAAUUACUGGGACUCCGAGACCGGGGAGAACGACUCCUUCACCGGGAAGGGCCACACGAACCAGGUGUCCAGGAUGACUGUGGACGAGUCCGGGCAGCUGGUGAGCUGCAGCAUGGACGACACGGUGCGCUACACCGACCUGGCGCUGCGGGACUACAGCGGACAGGGCGUCGUGAAGCUGGACGUGCAGCCGAAGUGCGUGGCGGUCGGCCCCGGAGGAUACGCGGUGGUUGUGUGCAUCGGGCAGAUCGUCCUGCUGAAGAACCAGAAGAAGUGCUCCAGCAUCGACAGCCUCAGCUACGAGCCCGAAGUGGUGGCAGUGCACCCCGGCGGGGACAUGGUGGCUGUCGGGGGCGCGGACGGGAACGUCCGCCUGUACUCCAUCCUGGGCACCACGCUGAAGGACGAGGGCAAGCUCCUGGAGGCCAAGGGCCCCGUGACCGACCUGGCGUACUCCCACGAUGGCGCCUUCCUCGCCGUGUGUGACGCCAGCAAGGUGGUCACGGUCUUCGGCGUGGCUGACGGCUACUCGGAGACCAACGUGUUUUACGGGCACCACGCCAAGAUCGUCUGCCUGGCCUGGUCCCCGGACAACGAGCACUUCGCCUCCGGCGGCAUGGACAUGAUGGUGUACGUCUGGACCCUGAGCGACCCCGAGACCAGGGUCAAGAUCCAAGAUGCACACCGGCUGCACCACGUCAGCAGCCUGGCCUGGCUGGACGAGCACACGCUGGUCACCACCUCGCACGACGCCUCUGUCAAAGAGUGGACAAUCUCCUACUGAGGACCCGCCUCCGGACGGACCGAAUCAGGGACUAGAGUUUCACCGCAGCAGAACACAGCGAUCCUCUAAAUACUUCUGUAACGCCCCCGCGCCCCCGCCCCGCUCUCGAGGGAGGGGCCCUGACUCCCGGCGACCCUCGUCUCUGCAGGGCAUCCGUGUCUAUCCGUGUCCUUCUGAAAGCUUUAGACAGUGACAGUUUGCACAUGAAAAAUAAAGUGAGCACUUAAACAGUGUGUGGAGCAUAACUCAAACCCACCCCCAGCGCAGCCCGAGUGCGGAACAUUCCAGAGGCAGAGCCUCAAAAGCACACAGACCGCUCCCGUGGCUCCUGCCGUCUGCCAAGGGAGGCUGUGUCCCAGGCCCACCUGCCGGCGGCGGCCACGGCGCAGGGAUGGGAGGGCGCACCGCAGCUCCGUGAGGCCCGGCUCCGUGCGGCCCGAAUCACGUGGUCCCGGAGUGCGGGCCACGCCCUGCGGUCACCUCCAGGGAGCCUCAGAGCGGCCGGGCACACACAUGACCUUGUAUUUCACUGUCCGUUUUUGUGCUUGAUUUUAAGAAUGGAACCGUGAAGGUUUUUUUUUUCUUUUUAAUGUGUCUUAACUGUUGCUCAUCCUUGUUUACAAGCCUAGUGGGUUGUGGGUGCUGUCUCCAGGGCGUUUGACCCCUGUUAGCCAGACCGAGGUGUCCUGUCCCCAUUUUACCGUCACCCUUUGGUGUUUUUCUGUCUUACCCCUCCUGUCCCCAAGAUCAAAGUUAAUUUAAAGGUAAAGAAGCCACUGUAAUCUGUUACCAUUUUCACCUCUUCUUUUCCAGUACAGAAAUUAAAAGUAAGUAUAAAGCA